AUGCCAGAGUCACCAGAUAGUGCUGGCCUCGAACCGGCCGCCAAGAAACAGCGGCGACGACCAGUAAAUGCAUGUACAACUUGUCGAGCACGCAAGGUCAAAUGCGACGAGCGCGCGAACGGCUGUCUCAACUGCGAAAGACUACAGUUGGACUGUGUACAGAAUGGUCUGAUUGCUUCCGCAGUCAAAAGACCGGGGACUGCUGUCGAGCCCAUCAUCGGCAUCAAGCGGAAACGAACUUUCCGAUCCUGUGUUCCAUGUCGAGAGUCCAAGGUCAAAUGCUCGGGUGAAAGACCGAAAUGCAAUCGUUGCUCGCAGCGGCGGACUUCAUGCAUGUAUGAUGCCGAAACGAAUGAGCCAGCCUGGGUGCAGAGUAUUGCGGCUUCUACUGGUACACCAGAUGGUGCUAUGGCGACUACGCCUCAGGCGCCACAAACACCCCGGGAUGCCUUCACAAACAUGCCCGAUCCACAAGCUGUUCACCGCACAACUACCGCCUCGAGCUAG